CCCUCCCCCCGAGUGCCGCUCCGGCUGCACCGCGCUCGCCCUGAGCUUUCAGCUCUUGCUAAGCUAGCGCGGCCGCUGUCUCCCGUCAGCUACCACCAUGAUUAUCUAUCGGGACCUCAUCAGCCACGAUGAGAUGUUCUCCGACAUUUACAAGAUCCGGGAGAUCGCGGACGGGCUGUGCCUGGAGGUGGAGGGCAAGAUGGUCAGUAGAACAGAGGGUAACAUUGAUGACUCGCUCAUUGGUGGAAAUGCCUCCGCUGAAGGCCCCGAGGGCGAAGGCACAGAAAGCACAGUAAUCACUGGUGUUGAUAUUGUCAUGAACCAUCACUUGCAGGAAACCAGUUUCACAAAAGAGGCCUACAAGAAGUACAUCAAAGAUUAUAUGAAAUCAAUCAAAGGUAAACUUGAAGAACAAAGACCAGAAAGAGUAAAACCGUUUAUGACAGGGGCUGCAGAACAAAUCAAGCACAUCCUUGCUAAUUUCAAAAACUAUCAGUUCUUUAUUGGUGCAAACAUGAAUCCAGAUGGCAUGGUUGCUCUCCUGGACUACCGUGAGGAUGGUGUGACCCCAUUUAUGAUUUUCUUCAAGGAUGGCUUAGAAAUGGAAAAAUGUUAAUGGAUUCGGUGGUUACUUUGGAUGUAUCACUUGUCAUAACUGGCUGCUGCUUGUCAUCCACACAACACCAGGAUUUUAAACAAAUGGGACUGAUGUCAUCUUGAGUGCUUCAUUUCUUUUGACCGUGAUUUAUUUGGAGUGGAGGCAUUAUUUUUUAGGGAAAAAACACAUGUCAUGUAGGUUGUCUAAAAAUAAAGUGCAUUUAAACUCAUUUGAGAGAAUGCCUCUUAGUUUAAUACAUGUAUAAACUAAGUCCAUUGUAGUGUUUGUGGAGAAGAUAGACCACUGCUAAAAGCAUAAGACUGUCUUCAGAUAACUUCUGCAGUGGAAACUACUCCUGAGACUGGAACCUAAGAAAAGAAUCAAAGUAUUAAUUCUGAAUUUCAGUGAAGGGGAAAAAGGACUUUCAUAGCAGUGCCAACAUUUGAAGUGGAGCCUUAUAUAUUUCAUCACCUACAAUGGAAGUAGUUAACCAUGGACGAGAUUACCAAAAGAAUAAAAAGACUUAACUCAGUUGGAAGUAAA